AACAACAACACACACAUAUACGAAGCGGUAAACAAAAACACACACAUACAUAUGACUCUGAAUCAGACUUGAUCAUCGCUCAUGGCAAUCGUUCGAUGACCCAGAUCGGAGACUGCUUUCAUUUCGCUACCAAAUUGUUCCGUAAGCUGAUAAACAAUAGAUCUCCAGGAACUUCAAAGAAUCCCUGUUGUUCCAUGGCUGCACCGUUUUUCUCGACGCCUUUUCAGCCUUAUGUUUAUCAGAGCCCGCAAGAUGCAAUCAUAGCUUUUCAGAUUUUAGGGGGCGAAGCUCAGGUCGUUCAGAUUAUGUUGAAGCCAGAAGAGAAAAUCAUCGCAAAGCCUGGUUCAAUGUGCUUUAUGUCUGGAUCCAUUGAAAUGGUAAAUGCCUACCUUCCACAGAAUGAAGUAGGCAUUUGGCAGUGGUUAUUUGGCAAAUCUAUAACUAGCAUCCUUCUUCGCAAUUCCGGACCAAGUGAUGGAUUUGUUGGAAUUGCUGCACCUUAUUUUGCACGAAUCCUCCCGAUUGAUUUAGCAAUGUUUAAUGGAGAGAUUUUGUGCCAGCCAGAUGCAUUUCUUUGCUCUGUCGGUGAUGUGAAUAUCAGCAACACAGUUGAUCAGAGGGGGCGGAAUGUUGUUGUUGGUGCUGAGGGAUUCUUGCGGCAGAAGCUAACUGGUCAAGGGCUUGCAUUCAUACUAGCUGGUGGAUCUGUUGUACAGAAAAAUCUUGAGAUUGGUGAAGUUCUAGCUGUUGAUGUUUCUUGCAUUGUUGCUGUUACGAGUACAGUCAAUGUCCAAAUAAAAUAUAAUGGCCCUGCAAGAAGGACAAUGUUUGGAGGUGACAAUGUGGUGACCGCUCUUCUAACUGGACCAGGCAUGGUGUUCAUACAAAGCUUACCUUUUCAGCGACUCUCUCAGCGAAUUGCUAGGGCGGUGACAUCUCCAAACAUGAGGGAAAAUCCCAAGUUUUUUAUACAGAUUGCUGUCUUCCUUUUUCUGGCGUAUGUUGUCAUUGUAUCUUCAUUACUAUUGACAGAUGUAUGAAUAUUCACUUUAUCUUUUUUUUUGUACUUUUUACUUUUCUCCUGUUUUACCAUUAUAGAGGGGAGAGGUAGGGGAAUUUUUUUUUAGUGUCUUGGAUUCGUUGGCUAGUACAGAUUUCUUUCGGCAGAUUUUCUACCAAUUAGAACAAAAAUGCGGAUUAUAUUAUUGUCUAAUAUAUCACCAAAAUAUAAUAUAUCUGAACUCUACAACUACAA